UGUAAUCCACAGAAACCAUCGCAACCGACAGAUCUGGCAACUCCACUUGAAGGGCCUUUCAGAUUGAGGAAAAUUAACAAUUCUUGAAAAUUUCUGUAAACUUUAAAAAGAAUCCGGUCUAAUUGCAGUAUUUUGUUUACCAUAGCUGUGUAAUAAUAAAAUAUACUUAUGAGGAAAGGAACUACGUAAAGAGUAGAGCAAGUUAAUGUACAUAAUUGCAGGCACUGGCUGUAAAAACUUAACAAAGAGGAAGAAUACCAUUGUAACUGAUAGAAAAAACUGCAGACGGGACAACGGCAGGCAAAGCAACGUAGCAGAAACUACACAGCGUUACACAAAAAUAAAGACGAACUAUGGCAAAGGAAAACGAUGAGGUGCAACAUAACAACAACAACAGCUGUAGUGGCAAUGGCACCAACAACAACAGCUUGGAUUCCCUUCCCGUAAGUGUAGGUGUGACGUUGACGUCGAAUGCAGGAGAAGCGUCAAAUGCGCUGACAGAUUGUGCAGCUGAGAUGACAGUAGACGGUGGCGCAGUGGAAAAUGGUGACAAGAGCAAGGUCAACAGCGCAGGCGGUGGCGAUUGUGCCAGCUCUGGAAGCAGUCAGUUCGCGACGACGACGACAACAUUUAUGCGCGGCAAACUUAACGAUCUAGUAGCUGAUCUUUGUAUCAACGGGCCGAUGGGAGGCAAUGACAACAACGGUGGUUAUGGGGAUUACACAAGCGAGCGAACAACAGCUCAAGUAAAUGCCACGACGCAACAAAUAAAUGCUGGCUCAACGUGGGAAUCUUCCAGCAGCAGCACCACUACACAGUCUGUUUCACAACCGCAUGUGGCACCGACCCAGAAUACAUCUUCUUUUUCUUUCAAACACUUUCUGAGCAGCGGACCGCCGCUAACAGCGCCUUCGAGCACUGUUACAGUCACAACAUUAGAUUCUACAGCGUCCAAUUGCGCGAACGGUUCUCAAAGCAAUAAGGCCACAGCAUCCAAUAGCGGUGCCUCAAAUCAAACUUCGACUGGCGCACGUCCAAAAGUUCCUCAAUCAGCUUCGCUGUCAAGUACGGCAAUAUCGUCACUAAUAGCCGGCGGUAGUGGUGGCUUGUUAGCAACAGCAGGCGUAGGCCAGCAGGAUGGCACAUCAGCAACAAAAAUGAAACGUUCACCACGAUUUUCCUCAUUCGACUCGCAGGCGAGUCUGGCAGAAUACGUGACAGUGGGUGCGGAUGCGGAAAUAGAGGGUAUAGGUAGCAAUGGAUCAAGUGCAGUAAGGGGAGUAGGUGUGGGCGCCAAUGCCAGCUCCGGUUUUCGACUCUACCCAGAGAGCAGUGAUUUCUUCUCGUCGUCCACACGUAUAAGCCGCGGCAUGGGCGAUGGCGGUACGGGUGCAAGUAAUACAGGCGAAUACGAUCGACACCAAUACGUGCCACGAUCGUAUUCAAAUUAUGAAAUGCCUAUGGCGUCCACAUCGGCUUCGCCACGGCGCCGCGCAGCAGUUACAAACAUCAGUGGUGUUAGUGGUGGUGGCACGAGGGAGGCACGACCCACACGCCUGGCCUUAAACACAAAUUCGUCCAAAUCGAAGGUCAACUUGCCACUUGGUGAUAUGAGUAGCGGCGCGUGCGGUGGUAACUCUGUAGCUGCCGCACCGCCGGUUACCCGUCCACUACCCAGCAAUGCAGGUGAAUUCCCCGCCGCUGUGCUGCCCGACUUUGUGCAAGAUCAUUGGCUAGAGUCGUGGUAUGCACAUGAUAUGCAUCUCAAUUCCCCGCCUAACUCGCCAACACGCGAUUUUAGUGAUGUCGAUGUAGCAGGCGGUGCCGUCGGCGGCAGUGUUGGCAAUGGUGGCGGCUGCGAUGUGGCUGGUGGAAAUGAUGUAAGCGGCGGCAAUGGCAUACCCGGUCCCUCACAAGCAUAUGGUGGAGUAAGCGCUUGCGUUGGUGGAGGCGGUGCCACAGCUGAGGCUACCGCAAGCAAUGCAAAAAUGUUGCCUGAUUUCCUCUCGGAUGGACCAAUAAUACAUUCUUCGCAACGACUAGCUGAUGUGGCUGUCGGUUUGCCAUCAAAUUCCAUAGGUUCGCCAGACGAUCCACCGAUCUCGUCGCAGCUAUCGAGGCUACGUAUCGAAAAUGAUCGCUUGCAGCGGGAAUUGAAUGAUGCACGCAUUGCACUGAAUGAACAGACACGGCGUGCAAAUGACUUGGAGCAUCAGCUGCAGACGCGCGAAUUACAACAACAGCAGCAGCAACAACAGCAAAAGGUAGAAGAUGUGGCAACAAAUGAGCGUGUAGAAGGUUUAACAGAUAAAAGUAAACGCACCCGAACAGCAGCAACACCAGGGGCGACUACGUCCCAAAAUUAUGUUAUAAAACUAAAACAGCAAGUGACACAAUUGAUGUCGGAAUUGGAAGCAGUGCGACGCGAAAAUGAGACGUUGCGCGAAGAGGGCGCCGUAGGUGGUUUCAAUGUAACAUGCUGUGAUCGUUCGCGUUCAUUCGCGACGGAUGCUAGUGGUUCCGCUGCUGGUGCUGCUGCGGCUGGAGCAAGUGCUGGUGUACGUGCCACUGUGGGUCGACCGUCCAGAACACAACAAAUAUCAAGGGAUUUGCUUAGGGCUGCAUCAAAUGCAGAAAAUAAUCUGAGGCAACUUCUUGCUGGUGUGGAUAAUUUACGUCAAAUGGCGGCUGACAUAGAGAAUUCUGAACUGCGGCUGGGCUAUGAUGUCAGUCCCGAUUUGUUUUCAGAUUUUCUGGACGAAUGUGAUGAUUUUGAGGACUAUUCGGAUGGCCCAACUUUGUAAUUUUGUAUGCAGCAUUGUUGGGUUUAACUUUUCCAUCGGGUAUACUAGAUAACAAUACAAAAAAUAAAUAUUUUCUUUGGCGAAGCGUUCAACUCAACUAUAUAACACAUAAUUAUGCAAUAUAAUACAUACAUAAUCAUCGUGUAUGCAGUAAACUUAAACUAAAAUAAAAUAAAAACAAAAUGCAUGCAUAUACUCUGAUGCAUAGCGGAUAAAGAAACAAUCAUGUUCACUAAAUACAUACAUAAUUUUUAUUACAUAUACAUAUAUUCAUGUAAACGCAAAUUUGUUGCAAUAUGCAGCUUGAUUUGUAAAUAUUUUUUGUCGCUUUGCGCAUUCUUCUAGUUACUUUUACUUUUCCAAGCAAUACAAUGCCUUUUUUUCUUCUCCCGCAGAGGAUAGGAGUAAUAAAUUAUCGCGCGCACACACAUACAAGGGAAAUAUAAACGAACAUAACUGCUGCAAUAAACCCUAUAAAGUAAAUAAGAUUUAGUGCUGUACGAAAAAAAUAAAUAAAUAGGAUAGCGGA